UUUUCAAAGUACCAUGACGACGCCCAAGCCGACGCCUUCGACCGCCGCGGACCCGUGGACGACGCUGUCGUACCAGCCGGGCUUUGGCAACCACUUUGCCUCCGAGGUGCUCGAGGGUGCGCUGCCGGCGCACCAAAACAACCCGCAGAUGUGCAACUACGGCCUCUACUGCGAGCAGCUCUCGGGCACAGCGUUCACGCUGCCGCGCCACAGCAACCAGCGCACGUGGCUCUACCGCGUCUUGCCGCCCGUCAUCCACGGCAAGUACGCCGACUUGCCCUCGGGUGACAUUGUCAACGACUUUGCCAACGAGACGCUCACGCCGCAGCAGCUGCGCUGGCAGCCCAUGGCCAUGCCCACCGCGUCCGAGAAGGUCGACUUUAUCCAGGGCUGGCACACGAUGGCUGGCGCGGGCGAGCCCACGAUGAAGGCCGGCAUGGCCAUCCACAUGUACGCGGCCAACGCGUCCAUGGGCGACAAGUGCUUUUACAACUCGGACGGCGACCUCCUCAUCGUGCCGCAGGAAGGCGCGCUCAAGAUCACGACCGAGAUGGGCAAGCUCCUCGUCUCGCCGCACGAGAUUUGCGUCAUCCAGCGUGGCAUUCGCUUCAACGUCGAGCUCGACGGCCCGGCGCGCGGCUACAUCCUCGAGGUGUACAACCGUCAUUUCGUCCUCCCGGACCUUGGCCCGAUCGGCGCCAACGGCCUUGCCAACCCGCGCGAUUUCGAGCACCCGGUCGCGUGGUACGAAGACCGUGACGUCCACUACACGGUGGUCGGCAAGUUUGGCGGCAAGCUCUUCACGGCGGCGAUGGAGCACUCGCCGUUCGAUGUGGUCGCGUGGCACGGCAACUACGUCCCGUACAAGUACAACUUGGACCACUACUGCACGAUGAACUCGGUCAACUAUGACCACCCGGACCCGUCGAUUUACACGGUGCUGACGUGCCAAACCGACGAGCCGGGCUGCGCGGUCGCCGACUUUGUCAUCUUCCCGCCGCGCUGGAUGGUGCAAGAGAAGACGUUCCGCCCGCCGUACUACCACCGCAACGUCAUGUCGGAGUUUAUGGGCAUGAUCUACGGCCACUACGACGCAAAGGCCGAUGGCUUUGUGCCCGGCGGCGCGUCGCUCCACAGCAUCGACUCGGCUCACGGCCCGGACGCGACGACGUUUGAGAAUGCGUCCAAGGCUGACCUGCAACCGCACUACUUUGGCGGCGGCCUCGCCUUUAUGUUUGAAUCCUCGUACAUGAUGAAGCUCACCAAGUACGCGCUGACGUGCGACCAGAACGAACAAGACUACUACAAGUGCUGGCAGCCGCUCAAGAAGCACUUCAACCCGCUCAAGAAGAACCCUUAGAACGGAACUUGUCGUCUACAGCCCUACUAAUGCUACAUGUUGUUUUGUUUGUAAACGUGGCAUCGUGAGAAAGGUGA